AGUGAGGUGGAAUCCAACAACAACCUUAGCAGUUAAUUAGCACAACACAAAAGGAGAGAGAGAGAGAGAGAGAGAUGGGGAGAAGCCCUUGUUGUUCAAAGGAGGGUUUGAAUAGAGGUGCUUGGACAGCUCAUGAAGACAAAAUCCUGAGAGAAUAUAUUAGAGUCCAUGGUGAAGGAAGAUGGAGAAACCUUCCCAAAAGAGCAGGUUUGAAAAGAUGCGGGAAAAGUUGUAGACUUCGAUGGUUGAAUUAUCUCAGACCAGAUAUUAAGAGAGGCAAUAUAUCCCCAGAUGAAGAAGAGCUCAUCAUCAGGCUCCACAAGCUCCUCGGAAACAGAUGGUCUUUAAUAGCUGGGAGGCUUCCAGGACGAACAGACAACGAAAUAAAGAAUUAUUGGAACACCAAUUUAGGGAAAAAGGUGAAAGAUGGUCACCAAACAACCACUGGAAACAACACACAGAAUCCAAUGCCCAACCCAUCACCCUCCCUAUCUCCUCCUAAACUAGAUUCCCAUGUUGUCCGUACAAAGGCUACCAAGUGCUCCAAGUUGUUAUUCCUAAACCCACCCCCUCACCCAUCAAUGCAGAACAAGUUCAAGACUGAGGCAGAAGAAGAAGAAGAAGAAGCAAGGCUUGUGAAUGGUGUAAUUAGAAACCAAAUGGAACACACUACAUACGACAACGGGUUCCUGUCGUUUCCGGAUGAAGAAAAAGAACUCUCAACAGAUUUGCUCAUAGAUUUCAACGUGGGGGAUUUCUGCUUGUCUGAUCUUCUCAACUCAGAUUUCUCAAACUCGUACAAUUUCAGCUGCAAUAUUAAUAAUGUUAACAACCACGAGCAGUUAUCGCCUUGUUCGGACCAACCUGAUCCUAUGUUCUCUGAUGAAGUUCUCAAGGACUGGACACACAACAAUUUUGCAGACGAAGCGAAUGCUUCCAACAAUCUUCGUUCUUUCAUUUCGUUCCUUGAGUCCACUGAGGAAAGAUUAGGAGAAUGAUAAUGGCAACAAAUAUUGUACUUUUGUACGUACUAAUAUGCGUUCACCAAUAAAAUUCACCAAUUCGAUCGAUCUUCUUAAUUUUUUGUA